AAAAAUAACGUGAUGACAUCGCGGACUUCAUGACGUCAGUAAGCGCCUCUAGAUUGUUGCGUAGUCAACAGACAUCAGGAUGUCUCUGCGAAGGCCUUUCAUGGACGACUUCGAGUCAGAUUCUUUCUUUAACUCUCCACGCGGACUCAGAUUUCCAACGUUUCCCUCGCUUCCCGAUCCAUUUGCUCAUCCAUUCUUUUUCAGCGACCGUAGAGCUGUAGAACAUCGCCCAACCAACAAUCACCGACAAUCCAACAGGCACCUUGCGGAGAGACAUGCAUUUCACUCUAUGAGUAUGUGGCCUUUCGGAGGAGGCGACACGUUUAGAAGAAUGUUCGACGAUUUUGAUGGAAUGGCGAACGACCCGAAUGCGCACACGUUCUCGUCGUCAUCGGUGAUGAUGUAUUCGUCGAACGGAACAGGCGAGCAACCGAGAUAUUACCAGGCGGCCAGCUCGUCGAACAAAGCACCGGGAGGGAUAAGAGAAACACGCAAGGCUGUGCGAGACUCGGAAAGUGGUUUACAAAAAAUGUCAGUCGGUCAUCAUAUUGGUGAUAGAGGUCACAUUUUGGAACACACAAUUAAUCAUAAAACUGGAGACAGAGAAGAUAGAAAAGAUUUCUUAAACAUGGAUGAAUCUGAUGGCCACGCAUUUGCGAAGGAAUGGGAAAAGCGUGCUAAACCAUAUAAUAGAGUUUAUCAAGGACUGACAUAUAAGCCUAAGGCAAAAACUCACAGACAAGAGCGAUCUGCUGUCGACUACUGUCCUCCCACACCACCAAACCAUCUUAGAGUAAAAACUCCGGCUCAUGGGAUGACUAAUAGAAAUGUGCAGUUUGAAGAGUCCGUGGUCAGACCAUCAGGCCCAACUCUAAAUGGACAGAGAGCGAGAAAGAGCAAAAGCAAGAAGGCAACAAUAGAUAUGGAUCUUUAAACGGUUUGUGAAGGUCAAUAUACUACCUUUCUUCUAAGUAAAUGUACCAACUCUAAUAAGCUAUUACCUCACAUAUGCACCAAUUGAUUUUGAGUGUUAACGAAUGUUAGCAAAUAGAUGCCAUUUCCAUAUUUAA